AUGAUAGAACUCGCUCGCCCUGGCAGCGCUGGACCACAAUAUCCUUCCAUUAUAGAGCACUCAGGUCUGUGCAGCAACAUGGCAGCGCACGGGACCACCUCCACACCAGACUAUGGACAUUUGGUUGGUACUUAUCUUUGGCCGCGUGAGAAAGCCCAGGGCACCGGCGCUGUCAGCGAUAAGCCCGAGGUAAUAAACGAGCUGAACAAGAGACGAAUAUGUGCAAGUAUUUUCCCAUCAGUCGGGACAUGUCAGGCUCUGCUGUGGGUCAUUAGCGUGUAUGGGUUGCGUCCAAGUGAUACCAAGGCACAGAGCUCUGGCUGUGGGGACUGCGAAGAACCUUGA